GGCCGAGGCUCUGCGCGCACGUGCUCCGGCGUGUGGGCGUGGCCGAGGGCUCUGCGCGCACGUGCUCCGGCGUGUGGGCGUGGCCGAGGGCUCUGCGCGCACGUGCUCCGGCGUGUGGGCGUGGCCGAAGGCUCUGCGCGCACGUGCUCCGGCGUGUGGGCGUGGUCGAGGGCUCUGCGCACGCGCGCGCCGGCGUGUGGGCGUGGCCGAGGGCUCCUCCCCUGGCGUCAGCGGCAGGCGGGGGCUUCCCGCGCGGUCUCCAUGGCGACGGGCCGCGGCCGGCUGCUGCAGCUGCACUGGCGCUCCCUCCAGGCUGGGCGCGGGGCGGCGCUGCGUGGCAUCGCGGGGGAGGCGGCGGGGCCCAGGAGCUGCCCAGGAGUUAGGUCACCACUGGCCGGUGCCCAGAAGCAGCCUGCCCGCCCCGGCCAGCCGCAGGAGAAGCCCCCAGCCUGCUCAGUGACUCUGGAGAGCCUGCCUUCCGAGCUCCUGCUGAAGAUCUUCUCCUACCUGGACGCCAUCACGCUGCUGGGCUUGGGCUGUGUGAGCAGACGCCUUUAUCACCUGAGCUCCGAUAAUUUAAUCUGGGGGAGAAUCUACUCAGCCGCCUUCCCACCUCGACGGUGCCAGUGGGGAGCGAGCUCGGUGCAGAAGGCCCCCGUGUCCUCGGAGAAGCCGCCACGCGUGGGAGACAGAGAAGCAGGGUACUGGAAGAAGGAGUAUGUCGGGAGACAGAUUGUGUCUGUGAGAACCUCGCUGGCGCAGCUCCUGAAGCCCAUCAACCCGUACACAGGCCUCCCGGUGAAAACGAAAGAGGCCCUCAGGCUGUCUGGCUUAGGCUGGGUCAUCCGGCUGAAGGAGACAUGUGGGAAGGAGCACCUCCUGGAGCACGUGGACCUGGUCGUGAACGAGUCCUCGGUGACGGUCGUGUGGCACAGCAAAAGCUGGCCGCGACUGGCCACGCUGGACACCUUGGAGCUGUGCGGCGUGAUGCCCGUGUUCAAGGGCCUCUCCAGGAAUAGGCCGCGGUGGCAUUCCUUGAUCGCCCGGUACAGCCUGAGGGUUCUGAAGGACUGCGCCCCGCUGGGUGCUGACAGACUGGUGUGCGUCUUCUGCCUGCAGCCUGGCCUCCUGGUGGGGCUGUGGAAGAGGGACGAGGAGCUGGCUUUCAUCAUGGCUCACCUCCACGUCCAUGAGCUGGUGGAGAGGAGCACGCUGGGCUCGGCCUCCACCCCAUACGAGCCGCCCUCCCACGCCCCGUCCCUGGACGACAGUCCCGAGCACGGUCUGCAUGGCUACCAGCUCCACGUGGACAUGCACAGCAGCGGUGUCUUCUACCUGUGCGGCACCUUCCGCAACCUCUUCACCAGGAAAGAGCACAUCGCAGACGGCUAUGUGAAGCUGGUCGUGGUACACUUCAGGAACAACACGGAGCACCUCCCUCUGGUCGGGAACGGCGGCCUCUCUUGGAAGACAGACGCUUUCGGCGGCUGCAUUGAGAACUGCUCGGUGCUGGACGUCACGCUCCUGGAGGAGACGGGGAGGCCCUUCUGGUGCUUCAGCUCCCCCGUCUGCAUGAGGCCGGUGGCCGUGCCCCCCGACGGCCCCAGCUUCCUGGGCCGGACCUACAGCGUGGACUACAGCGACGCCGAGGGCCAGGUGCGGGCCCAGCUGGUGUGGAUCGCUGAGACGGAGGAGUUCUUCGUCAUCAGCCUGGAGCUGCUCCUCAGCACCGCCAAGGUCAACCGCUGGUUUGGGACCAGGUACUAGUGCCGGGCGGCGGGCCCGGCCUGUGCCCUGUCACUGCCCGUGAGGGACCCGGCUCACAGGGCCGGCCCGGAUGCGCUACGGGGAAGCAGCACCUUCCGAGGAAAACUCAAUGAAGACACAAACCAGAGCCUC